CCAGAAUGGGCGUGACUUCCCUCAGAAGAGAAGACGUGCUCCAGUAGAUUAAGUAGCUAAGGUAGUAGAGAGAAGGGGGCAGAAAAAACAACAACAUACUUGUAUUAUUCAGAUGCACUCCUCUGUUCUAAGCUUCGUCUGAACUAUUCCCCUUGCUGUGCUCUUCGAUCCCUGUUCCACUUCUUGUAAUGCUCACAACUGGUAUCAGCAGCCUACCGAUUCCUUCCUCCCCACCCUCCUCCGAAUUGUAGAUCGACGCAAACGCCUCGGGUCGAGGGAUUGGAUCGAUUCGUUCGAUUUCUGAUCCCCAGUAAUUCCCAGCACGCGUUGAUCCGAUUUGGAGCUGCGCCCUGGAGCAAGUUGGCCCGUGCACGCCACCACCACCACCCCCGCCGCCGCCGCCGCCACCGCACCAGCAUUACACACGAUUUGCUCGCCGUCGCGGAGCCAUGAAUCCGGAAUCCAAGCUCCUCAUCGACGAGAUGCACCGGCGUUUUGCUGAAUCAGAUCGCAAGUGGGAUGCGCGAUUCACUGAGGCGGAUCAGAAGUGGGACGCCCGCUUCGUUUGACAACGAGCGCGUCCUCGACCAACGCUUCCUCGGUAUCGACGAGAACAUCUCCAAGCGCUUCGCCGACUUCGACGAUGACAUCUCCAAGCGAUUCGCUGACUCCAACCUCAACUGGGAGCGGCGGAUCACAGACUCUGAGAUGCGCCAGACCUCCCUCAUCACCGCUAGCGAGCAGCGCCAGGAGUCUCGCGUGAACACCAUCACCACGGCCACGGGUUCCCUGGAGAGCUGGCGUCAGGAAUCCGAGGGAGAGUUCGACGACCUCAAGUUGAAGAUGACCAAACUCACCAAGUACUAUGAUCGAUCCGUCCUCGACAACCCCAGGGCGUCGCUGGGGGUGAUCUCCUUUGGUCCAUCUUCUGUUGAGCAGACCGCCGCACCAACAUCUGCGGGAGUAUCGGCUGCUCGGCCCAGCGGGCACGGCGCUUCACUGACUACACGGGUGGAUGGAGUUGAGGGAAAUUUUUCCCCAACCCAUUCCCCGGCCAAUGGAGGAGGUGUCGGCACUGGUGACGAAAAAUGAAUAUCCCAGGGUGGGUAAUACCCCAGGAUUCAAGACCAAUUUCAGGCACGCUCACCCCCUACCUCGACCUCCCCAAGCUGACAAGCCUGCGGAACCACCUGCUGCACAAGCUGUGACAACACCAACCACAACAGACAAGUUAUCUGAACUCCGUCAGUAUCGCCGUGCACAAGGAUUGUGUGACCGUUGUGCUGAAAAAUGGUUCCGAGGGCAUAAAUGCCCUCCGCAAAUCCAACUUCAUGUUAUGCAGGAGCUGUGGGAUGCAUUUGAGCUAGAUGAGAUUGAGCAGUCUCCAGAUGAACCUUCAGAGCAAUUGUUGCUUGCCUUGUCUCAUGACGCUCACAAGGGGUUAGCUGGUUCUAGGACAAUACAAUUCCAAGGUUGUGUUCAUGGAAUUCCUGUUGUUGUUUUGGUGGAUUCUGGCAGUUCCGCUUCCUUUUUGGCUGCCGCUAUCGCAUCCAAGCUCCCUCAUCUGCCACGGUCUCCUCUACAAGCCAACGUCAAGAUAGCUAAUGGACAUCUCAUGCAAUGUACUUCGGCCUUGCUGCAAUGUCAGUUUUCCUUGUAUGGUCACUCUUUUCAGCAUGAUCUUCGCAUCUUGCCGCUUGAUUCUUA